AUGAAUAAUAGUGAUUCAAACAAAGAUGAUAAUGAUUCCAAAUCAGAUAAAAGUACAUCAUGGGUAAAAUGGUUUAACAGUAAAGCCAUGAGCAAUUUUUUAGUGGAAGUAGAUAAUGAAUAUAUAACAGAUUCAUUUAAUUUAUACGGGUUAAAAUCCGAAAUACCAAAUUUUAAUCAUUUAUUGUCAAUAAUAGCUGGAGAUGCUCCUGAUGAAGAUGACGCUAAGAACACAUUUGGAAAAGAUGCUGUUUGUUUAUAUUCCCUAAUUCAUGCAAGAUUUAUUACAACUCCCAAAGGAUUAUCAUUAAUGAAGGAUAAAUACAUUAAAGGAGAUUUUGGAUGUUGUCCAAGAGUUAGUUGUUCGCAGCAUAAUGUACUACCAAUUGGUCUAUUUGAUCAAAUUAAAAUUGCAAAAGUGCAUAUAUAUUGCCCAUUAUGUCAAGAAAUUUAUAAAAUACCUGAAGAAGAAAAAGUAUACUUAGAUGGAUCCUUUUUUGGAACAUCUUUUCCGCAUAUACUUUUACAAACUUAUCCAUACUAUGCUACAUUGAAAACACCUGCUUAUUGCACUUCUAAAAUUUUCGGAUUUAGUGUUUACCAUAAUUUUACAAGAACAGAAUAUAAAAUUGCGAAAGGAGAAUUUGGGAAAUUGUCUAGAGAAAAUUUCCUUAAAAAAAAUCCAAAAUAUUUAAAAAAGUUAAAGAAGUUUUUACAAGUCAACUUUAAGAAAAUAUUUGUUUUAUAUGAAACUUUAUUUUUCUUACACGUAUUCAUACCAAUCAUUGGGAAAAAAAAGAAAAAGAAAAGUAUAAUUAAAAUUUUAUUUGAUUCCCCUUUGAAAUGCCUAUAUGUUUGUAUAUAUUCAGUUGGGCAUUUACAUAUAAUUACUUGUAUGUAUAUAAAUUUUUGCUCAUGUGCAUGGGAGAAUACAUAA